AUGAAUGGUGGAGGUAUAGAUACAUCGAUACCAUCCAUUGAAAAUGCAUGGACGAUUGCAUUCGAGGAUUUGGCGAUUGGCAGAGAGAUCGGAAGUGGUGGGUUCGGUAAAGUCUAUAUGGGCGACUAUCUAGGUACACCGGUUGCCAUCAAGAAGAUUCACAUUGCACCAGACGAUCCCAAUAGAAAGGAUCUCGAAAAGUUUUUACAUCGUGAAAUCGAGACCAUUAAACUGUUUAGACAUCCAAAUGUCAUUCAGUUUGUGGGUGUCGCCGAGAAACAAGGUAUCCUAUAUAUUGUUACUGAAUUGGUUCAGGGCGGUGAUUUACAAUGGUACCUAAAGAAUCGAUCCAUCGACCUACCAUGGCUAUUGAGAAUCAAUAUUGCACUGGAUGUAUCUUUGGCAAUGUCAUAUCUUCACAGUAAAAAUAUUGUACAUAGAGAUUUGAAAUCAUCUAAUCUUUUAAUUGACACUCAAUGGAAAGUUAAAGUUUGUGAUUUUGGUUUUGCCAGAAUUGUUGAUGAUGAAAAUAAUAAAUCAAUGACUAUUUGUGGUACUGAUAAUUGGAUGGCACCAGAAAUGAUAACUGGACAAGAUUACGAUGAAAGUUGUGAUGUUUUCUCGUUUGGAAUGUUGUUGUAUGAGUUGAUCACCAGAAAUAAGCCAACACCAAAUAUGAGAUUGGCAAACUAUAGUGUCAAUGCAGAGAUGAUGGUGUCACAGGUAGGCGCUGAUUGUCCAGAAGCCUUCUUGAUGCUGAUGCUCCAGUGCUCACAAUUCAAUCCAAACGAUCGUCCCGCUUUCAAGCUGAUCUCUCAGACCUUAAAGACAAUGAAAGUGGAUUUGUUUGGAGAGAAUCCAUCGCUUCAAUACCCAUCGUUGCGUAGCAUGGCCAACGGAACCAAUGGAGCGCCACCUCCACUUCCACAGCAACCACAGCCAGGAGGAUUGAUUGCCGAUGCCAAAAAGAUCAUUUCCACCGGCCAGUUUGACCAGAAAAAUAGUACCGGUACUGAAUCCGAUGAUUCCGAUUCCUCAUUCUCGUCAGACACUGACUCUGACGAUCAAAACCAUUAUCAAUCAACAAAUGAAACUCCACAAAAUAAUCAUCAACAACAACAACAACAACCGGCUGAUCAAGAAGAUGACGAUAUUGACAAUGACGAUGAGUUGGAAGUUAGAGAUGGAGAGGACGAUGAUUAUGAUGAAGAUGUAGAUGCUUCUGGUAAUGAUGACGAUGACGAUGAUAGUAACGCUCAUAUAACUCAGCAACAACAGCAACAACAAUCAGGAACCAUGUCAGCAUCGAAAAGAAAUGUUUCAUUUAAUAUUAGUAAGACUUCUUAUCAUACAUACGAGAAAGAGAGUGACUAUUCGGAUGACGAUUACUAUGACGAUGACGACUAUGACGACGAAGACGAAGAAGAUGAGAUCGACUAUGACGAUGAAUACGACGACGAUGAAGAGUAUGACGAGUAUGAUGAAAAUGAACAACAACAUCAUCAACAACAAAACCAAAGAUAUCAAAAUAUCGAUGUUGACUACGAUGCUGAAGAGGAUGAUGACGACGACGACGAUAGACCACCAUAUUCUCCUCAGAGUGACGACCCAGAUUCAGAUAUUGAUGAUGUCAUAAUUCAUGACGCCGAUGUUAGUUUCGAUUCCUCUGACCUGGUAAAAGAAGUGAUAUCCGCAGCAAACAAAAACAACAUCUCCAACACCACAGUAGAUAUUUCAGUCGACCAUACAUCCUCACCAACCCCAAUUGAACCAAUACAGGUAACCGAACAACCAAAAGAAGAAGAACAAGUACCAACAGCACCUGUUCAAGUUAUUGCUCAAGAAGAACAAACCAAACCACAACAAUUGGUGGAAGAAGUCAAAGUUGAAGAAACUGUAUUGCCAGUUGAAGAAAUCAAACCAAGUGUGGUCGAAGAAGUCAAAAUUGAAGAGAAUAAACCUGAAGAAGUUGUAUUACCAGUAGUUCCACCAGAGAAGGUGGAAGCCAUCUCUGUACAAUCAAACGAAGAGCAACAACAAUCACCAGCAGCAGUUGUUGCUAUUGAGGAAACUAAAGCACACAUUGUCGAAGAGCCUAAAGUAGAAGUUGUUGAGACCACUCCAGAGCCAGUAGCGGAAGUAAUCAACAAAUCUACUACUGUUCAACAAGAGACUACUAUUUCAACUGAGGAAAGCAAAGAAGUCAAACCAGCGGUGAUUGUAGAAAUUCACGAUACAGAUAAGAAUCAACAGCAGCAUCAGCAUCCAGCAGUUGAAACAAUGUCACUCCAUGUUAAUGCUGAUAAAUCACAAGAACUAACAACAACAACAACAACAGAAACAAAGCUUGAUAUAGUUGAACCAAUACCAACAUCACAACAACAACCACAACAUCAAAAAUCUGAUAUUUCAAUAACUACUACCUCUACCACGACAACACAAUCAUCAUCAUCAUCUUCUUCAUCUACAUCCAACAAAACCAAUUCACCAACUAUCAAAUCACAAGGAGUCGCAUCAAACUCGAAAACAGCAUCACCUAAAUUGGCAGCAACACAACCAACUUCCAAAUCGGAAUCCAGUGAAAAGGCACCAUUAAUUUCAACCAAAGUUCAACGUAAAUGUUGCAGCUGUUAUAUGAUGUAA